AUGUUGGCUGUCCAGAAUAUGAAAUUUGGCAUCUUCCUUUUGUGGUGGGGAUGGAUUCUGGCCGCUGAGAGCACAGUGCACUGGCCAGGAAGAGAAAUUCAUGAGCCAUCCAGGAAAGGCAGCAGACCUCAGAGACAGAGACGAGGAGCACACGACGAUGCCAACAAGCAAGGCAGCCCAAUUCUGAAACGAAGCUCCGACAUAACCAAGUCACCUCUCACCAAGUCAGAGCAGCUGCUCAGGAUAGAUGACCAUGAUUUCAGCAUGAGGCCUGGCUUCGGAGGCCCGGCCAUUCCUGUGGGUGUGGAUGUACAAGUGGAGAGUUUGGACAGCAUCUCAGAGGUUGACAUGGACUUCACCAUGACCCUCUAUCUGCGGCACUAUUGGAAGGAUGAGAGACUGUCUUUUCCGAGCACUAACAAUCUCAGUAUGACAUUUGAUGGCCGGCUUGUGAAGAAGAUCUGGGUUCCCGACAUGUUCUUUGUGCACUCCAAACGUUCCUUCAUCCAUGACACCACCACAGACAACGUCAUGCUUCGGGUACAGCCAGAUGGGAAAGUGCUGUACAGCCUCAGAGUUACAGUGACAGCGAUGUGUAACAUGGACUUCAGCAGGUUUCCGCUGGACACGCAGACCUGCUCCCUGGAAAUUGAAAGCUAUGCCUACACAGAAGAUGACCUCAUGCUAUACUGGAAAAAAGGCAACGAUUCCUUAAAGACAGAUGAGAGGAUCUCCCUCUCUCAGUUCCUCAUUCAGGAGUUCCACACCACCACAAAGCUAGCCUUCUACAGCAGUACAGGCUGGUACAACCGUCUGUACAUUAAUUUCACUUUGCGUCGUCACAUCUUCUUCUUCUUGCUCCAAACCUAUUUCCCUGCCACCCUCAUGGUCAUGCUGUCCUGGGUGUCCUUCUGGAUUGACCGCAGAGCUGUGCCUGCCCGUGUCCCCUUAGGCAUCACCACGGUGCUGACCAUGUCCACCAUCAUCACGGGUGUGAACGCCUCCAUGCCCCGAGUGUCCUACAUCAAAGCCGUGGACAUCUACCUCUGGGUCAGCUUCGUGUUCGUGUUCCUCUCAGUGCUGGAGUACGCAGCCGUCAACUACCUGACCACAGUGCAGGAGCGGAAGGAACGGAAGCUCCGGGAGAAGAUCUCCUGCACCUGCGGACUGCCCCAGCCCCGAGCAGUGAUGCUGGAUGGCAGCUACAGUGAUGGGGAGGUGAAUGACCUGGGUGGCUACAUGCCUGAGAAUGGAGAGAAACCUGACAGGAUGAUGGUGCAGCUGACCCUGGCCUCUGAGAGGAAAAGCCAGAGAGGCAGCUAUGUGAGCAUGAGGAUCAACACCCAUGCCAUUGAUAAAUACUCCAGGAUCAUUUUCCCAGCCGCUUACAUCUUAUUCAAUCUGAUAUACUGGUCAAUUUUCUCUUAGAAUUCUGUAAAUCUCACCUUCUUCAUGGUUUGUAUGCGUCACAGAAACUGUUGUAUAAUGACAAAGUAUGGUUGAAAACCACCCCGGUGCCCACCUGGGUUUUCACUGUCGCUUCUUUAGCUUUCCAAAGCUGCACUAACAAGACACCUUUUUUUGCAUGUAUUAAGCAUCAGUUGUAUACACAGCAUUAUACAAGGUGUUGCAGGAAUUUGUCAGGAUAGCAACUGUUAUUAGCUGUUCCCAGAUCCCAGGAAGAGCACAGAGACCACAUAUGGAUAUGCUGCAAUUCAGUGUUGGGGUUCUGGAUGCUGUUCACACGGAGGGCUUCCUUCAUGGGUGGCACUGUGUGCUUUAGACUAGGUAGAACUGGGAGUACAUGAAUAAAACUCAUUUGCAUGGAGCUCACAUUCACAUAAACCCAUUCUGAUGAAAGGGUCCAUUCCUGCACCUGCUCUGUGUCCACCAUAAUUAAUGAAAUGCCCAUAGGAUCUUUUUAACAAGCUGUAUGUAUCUCCCCUUACAAGAAAUGUUCUUUAGAUUGCUGACUUUCCUCUGGUAGGUGAGUAAGCUAGAGAACCACGUUCCUUUCCCUGCUUUCUAGUCACUGUUUUGUACCUCUCUACCAGGAAGCAGGGCUUUCUUCAAAAAUGAAGUCUUUUCUCAGUAGCAUGAUAUUAUCACAGAAGAGCUCGAAGAAGUAUUAAUUUCUUCCAAAUAAUCAGCAUUUCUAGGAAACUUGGGGCUGCUUAUAGCUCAUGAAAAUGAGAAACACACAAUUUCUUAAGAUAAAAUAACAUAAAAGCCAGGUGAUGGAGAUGCACGCCUUUAAUCCCAGCAGAGGCAGGCAGUUCUCUGUGAGUUCAAGGCCAGCCUGGUCUAUGGAGCAAGUUCCAGGGCAGCUUCCAAAGCUACAGAGAACUGCUGUCUCAAAAAAGAGGAAGAAAAUAACAUGAGAAAGCAAAACAGACAGGUAUCUGCAUUUCACUCAGUGAGAGCCAGCACUGUCUAGGAACUAGACAGCAGUUGUCAUCUAGACUGAGUAUACAAUAGACCAGAUAAGGUAGCCCAGUAGCAACUGAUGUCAUGGGCUGUAAUUUGACGUAUUAUUUUAAAAUGGUGUUUAAAAAAAUAAGUCUUCAUGUUGUCUAUCUAGAAGGCAUAUAACAACUGCAACCAAAGUUGCCCAAACAGCAUUUAACAGCAUGGCCUUUCCUCUGGGCCACAUCUUUCACUCACAGAGGCAGGGGCAUCUAGUCACAUCUCAGCAGCCACUAAGCUGACUUACCAAAGACACGGCCCUUUAACUGUGGUUGUGUUCAGAGGUUAGUGAGACAGAAAUGAUCAUUUAACAUUGUGGAACAUACUAAUAAAUAUGGAGGUUGCCUAAGAGACCCUUGCAGCCAGCACCACCCAGCCUCUGUGUUAGGAAACUUCUCUUCAUAUAUGUCCUUAUAUCUCCCAUCAUUUCAAAGUUAACUUGACGAAUCAACACCAAAUAAUGUAUGCAUGGCUAUACCUUAUUCUGAUUUUUAAGAAGAACUGCUUGCAAAGUCCUACUUAGAAGAUAAUCUUUCAUUUCCCCCAAUGAAAGGUCACCAAAAGCUUUGUUCAAACUGAAGUAGUAAACUUAGAAGGACAUAAAUUAUACUCUUAAUUAUCAUUGAUAUCCUAUCAAAAUGAGUGCUUUGUCAAGCAUGGUUUGUACAUGCCUGUGAUCUCAACACUUGGAAAGUAGAAGUGGGAGUACCGAGAGUUCAAAACUGGCCUUAGCUUUAUAGCAUUUUGGAGGCCAGCCUGGACUAUGUGAGGUUUAAAAAGAUUGAUUUUUUUCAUUUUUAUUUUAUGAAACAACUACUGUUAAAGUCAACAUCUUUGCCACUGUCUUCUCCCUCAGCACUAGGUCCACUGAGCUGUCUAGGCUUCCAGAUCUAAACUAAAGCUUACCUACUAUUUGGAAUACCACAGCAUUUGAGACAGUGUGUAGAAUGCUCUAGUAGAAUGCUUAUCUGCUAUAUCAAAAGACUGCAGACCAAAUGGCUUGAUGAGCAGAGAUUUCUUCUCUCACAGUUCUAGAGACUAGUAUCCAAGGUUAAGGUGCUGGCAGACAUGAUUUCCCCAGAGGCCUCUCUCUCCUCCUGACUUUCCAAUGGCCACCAUCGUGCUGCAUCCUUGCCUUCUUUCCUUUGUACCCACCUAUGUCCAGAUCCCUUUCUCCCUAGUUAUAUUUGGUCAGGCACACAUCAAUGGCCUCAUUUAACCUGAGUUACUUCUUUAGAAGCCUUGUCUCCAAACCAUUUGUUCUGUAGCAAUCUCCAAGUUGGAAUACUUUAUCUUGGAGGGAAGCUCCUUAGGACAUGCUAAAAGAAGGUAAUGCCCUCCAUCCCAUAGGGAAGAAGCCCAUUCAAGUUAAGCUCUGGAAGCAAACAACUCAAAAGUUUCAGAAAGUCCCUGAAACUAAAGAUAAAACUAUCGCCCUCCAACAAGUAUAUAUAAGCAAUAAGAGCCACCAAGAGUCACUUUCAGAUGAUCUAAGCUGUCCGGGAGAGGCAAAAACCAGCUAAGCUACCUGGAAGGGACACUUUCCAACCCGUCCAGCUGCCUGCAAGUCCUGCAGUGAGCUCCAGAUUUUUGGCUAUUGUGAGCUUUCAUCCAUGAUCGGGUGGGCUUUGGUGAUGCAGCUGUCUUUGAAUCAUUUCUGUACCUCUAAGUAACCCCAAUAAAUCUCAU